AUGACAACACGUGUUAUUACGAAACAACCUGAAUGUAUUCCAGUAAAAUUAUGUAACAACAAGUAUAAAACUAUCAAACGACAUGAUAGUCAAACAGAUAUUACACUAUAUGCUCAGUUAUUUAAAAAUUCACAUAAUUAUGUCCGGAGAAGUGAUACAGAUUCUGAAGGUGAUGAGAAUGAUGAAGAUGAAGACGAUGAAGAUGAAGACGAUGAUGACGAUGAAGAUGACGACGACGACGAUGAUGAUGAUGAUGAAGAAGAAGAAAAUGAAGACGGUUCAAGUUCUUCAGAAUUCAAUUCCAAUAAGAUACGUUGUUGUUUACUGUCAGCAUGUUGUGAAUCUUGUGCAUGUUGUACAAUGCCUGACAAAUGUGAUAUUAUUUAUUAUACACUACAAAAAGCUACACGAGAAUGUCCAUCUGGUUGUCCUUCUAUAGUGCCGAAACCAUCAGAAGAAGAAUGGAAUUUACCACCAUAUAGAAAUGCACGUGAAUUUGCCAUGUGUCAGUGUUGUUAUUCUCCUGGUGGUAUAAUGUGUAUGAAGUACUUAGACAUUUUAUGCUGUCCAAUAUGUCCACUCUGGGAUAUAUGUAAAGGAUGUGAUUAUGGUUAUCGACGUUAUCGAAUACAAGUCAUAUUAGAUCGUCAUAAAGAUUCAACUAAACGAAUAUAUAUGCCAUGUGUCUAA